AAAUGCCUGGCACGAAGCAAAACAGGAAGCUGCUCGUUUACUGCGAGAGCACGACAAUGAAGGGCUUUAAAACAAGAAGACUUUCUUUUUUAAAGACGGCAGUGCAUUGUCAGUUAUACCGUUAAAUAUGUUUGUUUCUUACUGAGUUUUACACAGUUAACCUUUAUUUUACGGCAUUUAUUAGUGAUUUUCUCCAUCUGUUUGCACUUAUUUUCUUCGUGUUUUUCUGAAACUUUGUUCAAUUGGUUAAAUGGACGAUAACAAGAUGAUGGGUGGAAAGGUCAAAAAGCCAGGCAAGAGAGGACGGAAACCUGUAAAAAUUGACCUUAAAGCAAAACUUGAGAGGAGUCGACAGAGUGCACGAGAAUGCAGGGCAAGAAAAAAGCUGAGAUAUCAGUACCUAGAGGAAUUAGUCUCUAGCCGAGAGCGAGCAAUUUGUGCCCUUCGAGAAGAACUGGAAAUGUACAAACAAUGGUGCUCUGCAAUGGAUCAGGGAAAAAUUCCAUCAGAAAUCAAAGCUCUUCUGACUGGGGAUGAACUUCACAAAGCACCACAAAACACAAGCAAGUCCUCAAAAAAUGGAAAAAAUAAUUCUUCUGGCAAUCAUUAAUCAAGAAGAAUGAACCGAAGCACUUCUUUCUUGUGAUCUCCAAUGCUAAUAAACAUUUAUUUUAAAAGUGAAAAGUUCCAUGUGUAAUGAAGGGAGUAUUACCACAUUUAAGGGACCGGUUCAGUAUUGAAGUUUUAAGUCAGUUAUUACCUCACAAUCCUGCUAAAUUUUAAUUUGCCAUAUGAAAGUGCAGACUUAAGUGAAGUAUAAUUUAUACAUUUAAAAAAUAACUAGCCUUCUCUUAUGUUUCAUAAUGCAGCUGAAGGGUACAGGAGUCCCAAUGUGAUGAAAACCCUUACUGAAUAUGUCCUCUUUGAAAUGUCAAAGGUUUUGAUUUAAGAAAAUGUGCCUUCUGCAUUUUAUAUACAGUAUAUAUAAAUAUAUUCAUGCAUGCAAGAUAUAGAGGACAGCAUUAUUAUUGAGCAGCACAGUGCCAGUGCUGCUGUCUCACAGUGAAGAGAAUGGGGUUCCCUGCAUGGAGUUUGCAUGUUCCCUCUGGGUGCACUGGUUUCUUCCCACACUCCAAAUACAUGCAGGUUAGGAGGACUGGCAUUGCUAAAGUGGCCUAGGUGUGUUUCUUUGUUCACCCUGCGAUGGACUGCCACCCUGUCUAGGAAUUGUUUCUGCCUUGCAUCUGAUGUUUGCUGAGAUAGGCUCCCUGUGACUUUGUCCUGGUUAAGAGUGUUAGGAAGAUGGAUGAAUGGAUGCCGAUACCUUCUUUCACUGAACUACAUGCGUGCAUUAUCAAUACAGCUACAGCAGGCAGAACCUUUGUGAAAUAAAGAAAAACGUUUCUGUGUAGUGAAUGAAUAUAAGUUAUUGUGUGACUUUUUCAGUUAUUAUUGUCUAGUUCUCUACUGAACUGAGACAUCACAUCAGACCAUCCACAUUCACUGUCAGUAAUGGCAUUUGGCGAUGACUUUCCAGGGUAAACUUAUACCCCUGAUCCUGAAAGGUGCUGGAGAGGAAGACACACUUAGUGAAGUGAUGUGCACAGCCGGUUUCCUUUUAAAAUUGUUGAAUCUCACAGCAAUGGUUUGCCUUUUUCCUUCUUAAAAUGACAAGGAUGCUCCGUUUUGCAAUCCCUCCUUAUAAAACAAGUGUGUUUGAGUGGGACUGUUCAGUUUCUAUGUCUCUGUUAUGUAGUUUGGUAUGGGGUUUGUAAAAACAAUGAUAAUGUUUGUGAUGCACCAUCUGUUGGAAUAAAAAUGCGGUGCAUUUUAUUGAUACAUGCAUUACAAAAUGUUUUCCAAUAGAUUGUGUACUACCAAUGCUGAAUAUGCUGGUGCCUACAUUGAUUUCUUAGAUUGCAUCCCAUCUUAGAUGGGUAGCACAGCUAGUAUGUUUAUAAUCUCAAGGUGUGGAUCAAUACUCAAAAUUUUUGGCUUGCAAAAUAGACAUAUUUGUUAAGUUUUGAGGGUUUUCAUUGAAUUAUACAAUGGAAGAACUGAUUACUUUUUUAAUUUUAUAAAAUAUGCUUCACUUUACAAUGCAAACUAAUAUUUUUAUCUAAUAUAUAAACUUGUAAGGGUUGUCUUGAAACCACUGGGCUUUGGACCUUGAUCAUAAUCGAGAGCUUAUGGUGUGAUAUGUGUAACAUAACCCAAGAAUUGGAUUUGUGGUGUACCUUGUGCAUGUAAUUGGACUUUGGCAUGGCGAGCAGCAGCGUGACCACAUAAAAUGGCUUCCAGGAAAAAAACUGACUCAGAAACAGAUCUGUCAGGAUAAGAACUAUGUCAUCGGCUGGCAAUGAAGGACAUCUCAACAAACUUGGUGGAGUGACCAGGGUUUUUUUUUUUUUUUUAACAUGAGAGUUGCUUCUGUGAGGACUGGAGGUCGGAGUGUUACUAGUAAAACGUGUUUGUGAAAAACUAACUUUUGUCUUGAAAAAUACAAAGUUUGUUUUAAUACAAAUAACUAAGGUAUAUAUCUAUGCUUUGUAGCAUUAUUUUCAAUGCCUUUAAGAUUAUACCUGAUAUUACUUAACAGUAUGAACCACUUUUCCUUUCUUAAAUAUAAGGGCCAUGAGACCCAUUUACAUUAGCAUAUAGACUUGCUAAACUUUAGCAUCAACAUUUCAUAACACAAAUUUCAUGUAAAAACAUAACUGAAAAGGUAAUGUUCAAUCAUUCUUGCUUUCUUUGGAGUUUUCAUCUAUUGUUCUAUAUAUAUAUGACUAUAAUGCAAGAAAUUAUUUCUGAUAUUUAUUAAAAGUGCUUUCUUAGUGAUUGUAA